CCAGUCUCUUUCUUCUCCAACCAUGGCUGCAGCGGUUUAGGGGGCGCCACACCAUAGACCCAGAGGGGUGCCUUCAAAAGACAACAUCACAUUACAAGGAAGAAACAGAUGGUUUCAGCUUGAAGGAAGGGGGAAGACGGCCUUGUGAAAAAAUCUCUUGAAAAAACCUGUAAACUCUGGGAACGGAUUAUCUCUUUCAUCUUUAUUUCAUUUCGUCUUUUUUUCCCCCUUAAAUUUCCAUUUGUGGUCUCUACACCAAUUUGGAUUACAAGGAAUCUUUUUGGCACAAUUUCUCCAACCAAGUUAAAGAAUUUGGAUUAUCCUCUGAGGUCGACUGCGUCCUUCACCAUCUCAAGGAUCUACCUGCUUAUCCGCCCCACCUGGAACAACUUAGAUGAGCUCAACCUGCUUAUAACUCACUAAACAACAAGGCCUGCACCAAUACCUGAUCGUUCCAGCUUUACACUGAAAUCAAUUUCUCGCUCUCUUGUGAACUCUAUCAACUUUUCAUCGCAUCUGGAUAGACUCCUUAUCUCACCGUAUUCUCGACCUUACGUUUCUCCCUUGUCUUUGCACUGAUUAUUGCAUGGUAGUGAGCCAUGGCGCUGCUGAAGAUGAAGUUCAGCCAGCAGAGGCGGGUACGUCUGGCCCAGGGCCUCUGGUUGCUCUCCUGGCUGGCAGUGAUGUGUGGGGCCUUCAUCUUUUCUCUGGGGGUUUAUCUCAAGAUUGAGCUGCUUCGUAGAGAUGAGGUGAUGGACAACACAGAGAUCCAUGUUGUACCCAACCUCCUAAUGAUGGUCGGCCUGGCCUCCAUCGGCGCCAACUGGGUUGCCAGUCGCGUGUGUGAGGACUCCCUGGAUGCCAGCCGCUUCCCCCGCUGGAAUGUGCUCUUGUUGGCCUGGUAUGCCGUGGCCGCAUUGCUGUGCUGUCUGCUCCUUGCUGUGGUGGUCCUCAGUUAUGCCCUGCAGGGGCGGCUGGAAGAGUCACUGAAGGUGGGUCUGAGGAACGGCAUCCGGUUCUACAAGGAUACGGACAUCCCUGGCCGUUGCUUCCAAAAGGAGACAAUUGAUCAUCUGCAGAUGGAGUUUCGCUGCUGCGGAAACAACAACUUCAAGGACUGGUUCGAGAUUCAGUGGGUCAGCAACCGAUACCUGGAUUUCACUUCCCAGGAAGUCAAGGAUCGUAUCCGGAGUAACGUGGAUGGUCGUUACCUGUUGGAUGGUGUUCCUUUCAGCUGCUGCAACCCUGCCUCUCCUCGACCUUGCCUGCAGAACCACCUGACAGAUAGCAGGGCUCACUACAACUAUGAAUAUCAAUCGGAGGAGCUCAACCUGUACAGCCGCGGCUGCAGACAGGCUUUGACUGACUACUACAUGGGUUUGAUGAACUCAACCGGUCCUGGCGUGCUGUCAGUCAUCCUAAUUCAGCUCUCUGUGCUCCUGAGCAUGCGCUACCUGCAGACCGCUGUGGAGGGAGCCAUGGCUCUGGAGGCUCCAGAAGGUGAAAGUGAGGGUUACAUCCUGGAGAAGGGCGUGAAGGAAACCUAUGCUGACAUCAAAGCCAGGACUCUCGAUCUCCUAAAGUUUGCCCAAGUUGAUCCAGCUUCCGAGGCCACAGGGGCUGGAGAGGGGGAGAAAGAAGCUGAAGCCAGCGAGAAAGCCACCACUCCACCUCCAGCCAGCUAGAACAAGGAAAAAGAUUUCAAAAUGAGCUGAAGAGAAAGGGAGACAGGAUGUGUGUCUUUGUUUUAUUUAUUUAUUUUCAUUUUUGGUUGUGUGACUUGGGUGGUAGCAGGAAAGACACCUGUUGGGUAUUAAGACCAGUAGGCUUUAUUUGUACUCCAUCUAUAAAGCAGCUGCAGCUCGCCUGAGCAUGAUCAGAACAGGGCAACACAUAUUCACAAAGGAAAAAGUAAAUCUCCUCUGCGCAGGACUCCAUAAACCAUUAGAGAAUCCGCUUACGAGGUUGUGUAGUACUUUUUGUUUCUUUUUUUCUAGAAGAGAUUCAAAAUGUAUUCAGGAGUAGCAUAAACACAGGAUAACAUAUCUGACAUGUUUUGAGUCAAAUUUGGGAAAGUUACACUCAGGAAGCUAAGGUUUAUCCAAUGUCCACUGUAUUAUUCAUCUCUCCAUUGUAGAGUUUUACUGAACUGCAAUGAAAUGCUUAGGAAUUUGUUAAACUGGCACAUGAAUAUUAUAUUAAAGGUAGAAGUUUUUAACUGC